AUGCCUCACUUCCCACUCAGGAAAAACGGUAUAAAAGUUGGUGGAUCUCGGGGUGCUUCAUUCGCUCAGCUUUGCCCUGAGGUGUCCGUGGUCAGAGCCGAGAAGGGGUCACUGCUCCAAGAUGUGCUCCAGACAAAGCGGGUGCCACGGCUGCGGCUGCUGCUGCUGCUGCCGGGGUAGCCAACAGUCCCAGGGCUCCUCCGGCGGGGGAGGAGGCGGAUCCUGCUGCGGUGGAGGAUCCUCUGGAGGAUCAGCCCAGAAGAUCAUUAUCAGCUCUGGCGGCGGAGGAGGAGGAGGAGGCUCCUCCGGAUGCUGCGGAGGGGGAUCUGGUGGCGGUUCUUCAAAGAGCAUGAUGGGAGGUGGAGGAGGAGGAGGAGGAGGAUCCUCUGGAUGCUGCGGUGGAGGCUCCAGUGGGGGCUCCUCAAAGAGCAUGAUGGGAGGAGGAGGAGGCGGUGGUGGAUCCUCCGGAUGCUGCGGUGGAGGAUCUGGCGGUGGAUCUUCUGGGAUGAAGAUCAUCAUGGGAGGUGGAGGUGGUGGAGGUUCUUCUGGAUGCUGCGGCGGCGGAUCCGGCGGUGGAUCUUCAAAGAGCAUGAUGGGAGGUGGAGGCGGUGGGUGCUGCGGUGGAGGCUCCAGUGGGGGCUCCUCAAAGAGCAUGAUGGGAGGCGGUGGUGGAUCCUCCGGAUGCUGCGGCGGCGGAUCCGGUGGUGGAUCUUCAAAGAGCAUGAUGGGAGGUGGAGGCGGUGGGUGCUGCGGUGGAGGAUCUGGUGGUGGCUCUUCUGGGAUGAAGGUCAUAAUGGGAGGUGGAGGCGGUGGUGGAUCCUCCGGAUGCUGCGGAGGCGGAUCUGGUGGUGGAUCUUCAAAGAGCAUGAUGGGAGGUGGAGGCGGUGGGUGCUGCGGUGGAGGAUCUGGUGGUGGCUCUUCUGGGAUGAAGGUCAUAAUGGGAGGUGGAGGUGGUGGAGGUUCUGGAUGCUGCGGUGGUGGAUCCAGUGGUGGCUCCUCAAAGAGCAUGAUGGGAGGUGGAGGUGGUGGAGGAUCCGGUGGAUGCUGUGGUGGAGGAUCCGGUGGUGGCAGUGGGGGAUCAGCUCAGAAGAUCAUCAUCAGCUCUGGCGGUGGAGGAGGAGGAGGAGGCUCCUCCGGAUGCUGUGGAGGGGGAUCUGGUGGUGGCUCUUCAGGAGGGAAGAUCAUCAUGGGAGGGGGAGGCGGUGGCGGAUCCUCUGGAUGCUGCGGUGGCGGAUCCGGCGGCGGCUCCUCAGGCCAGACCAUCAUCAUCAGCUCUGGAGGUGGCGGCGGAGGCUCCUCCCAGCAGAAAUGUCCUGUUGUCAUCCCCAUGUCCCACCAGACCAAGCAGAGCUCCCACUGGCCCUGCCAGCAGAAGUAACAGCCCUGGGCUGCUCUGGUUCCCAUCAGGAACGGUCGAGUCCUUGCCCUCCCAGUUUUUCCCCAGCACAUCCUCGUCCCUUGUGUUCCCUUGGUGCUGCAUCCCUGUGCUGUGAACUCCCAGGUGGCUCCUCUGUGCCAUAAAUGUGACGGGAAAUAAAGAUUUCUGUGCACGGACAGAA